GUGCUAAAGAACGAGAAGCAAAGUGGUGACGAGUGAAUCUCGCCCAAAAUCUACAUCUCUUGCUGAACGAGGCUCCCUGCAGAGAGAGAUCAGGGAAGACAUUUCAAAGUUCAUCCACAAACUGACCAUGGGAGAUCCAAAACAGGCCAAAGAUGAGAAACCAGCAACUGUUAUAACCCUGUCAGGCGAAAAUAGAGGAGCAGCCAUGCAUGUGGGUUCUGAGUCAGCAAAACGAGAAGGUAGGUCCCAGUGGAGGAUGGAGGAUUCAAAGACAGGGGAGGACAGUUCAACCUCGGCAUACCUUAAUAGCAAUCUGCAGAGUGUCAACAAUUCAAUUAUUUUCAACAGUUCCUUUAGCGAAAGGAAUCCUGGAGUUCAUCUCGUUCUCUCUCACAAUCCAAAAGAACCAAUCAGCAUGAAAGAGGAAACAGAGAGAAUCGAGGCAAGCAAAGCAGAGUUCAACAUAACCCCAGCUCAGAAGCUCACUUAUGAGCCAAGAAGCCUUUUUGUGGAAUCCAGUGACACUGACCAAAACAACCCUGAGAAGCCUAGCCAUCACAGUUGCCACUACAGCUUUGAGAAGGAAAAGGACAAUGACAAGCAAACUGAAGAUUCUUCAACUAAGUAGGGUGUGAUUACCUAAUCAUAGAGGUUAUGUUGAUAUAUUGCAACCUGCACUACAGAAAGUUUAUGUUUGUAGAAAACAGUAAUAAUCAUAAUAAGAAGGAUGCUGCCAUCCUUCCCCUCUAGUAUGUAUUAUCUUUUUUUCCAGCUGCUGUAGCUGGGGUGCGGACAUGAAAAGUACCAUGGUUGUGUGUAGUGAAAGUACUAUCUGAACAUUUAGAUAUAUUACAACAA